AUGCCGCACGGCCCUUCAGCUUCUGUCUCGAAUGUCCCACCAAGUGAGGAGAAACCCCACUGUCUCGUCCCUCUCGCGUCUCUGGAGGAUUCUGAGAAGGACACUCUCCAGUCCACCGCUCACUUCCACGGGAUCGUGCGCAACAACAUUGGCGUGUUUGUUGUCUUCAAUGGCAAUCGCACCACCCUCCCCCGGAUCCCCCAUCCCCCCCCAACUUCUACUCGCAUCCUGCACUGUACUGCAGCUCCUGGAUGGACACCCGCCGAGUGCACCUAG